GUAUAUGUGUAUAUAAAAAUGCAAGUACAUAAAAGGAUUUUCUUUGUAAUAUUUACUUUAUGUGGGAUCGUUCUAUCUAACAUUAUAUAUCCAACUACAGGUAUAACAUGGGAAGUCGGACAGUCAGUUAAUAUGAUAUUAGAUUCUGGUCAAGCAGGAGAAACUGUCAGUAUUUUUUUCAAUAAUGAUCGAGAUACUAUUUUGGCUGGAGGACCCAUUGAUAAAGGAAAUGUUAAUAGUCAUUCUUUUCAGUUUACAGUUCCAUUGAAGGCACUCAGUUCUGCGGGCGGAUUAACUGAGCUUCUUGUAGUUCAUCGUAUUUCUGGAUAUCUCUCUUCUGUUGAUACUGUCCUUGUCAAAAUUAUAUUGUAA